AACUGCAAGUAUCGAUAAUGCACAACUUUUUCAGUUUUUUGCCGUCGGGUGAUUUCGAAUCGACAACCUUUCAUUUUAUCUCGCUAGCAACCCUAGUUUUAGGAAAAUCUUGUACUUCACUUCAUACAGAGGACAGAUUUGAGUUUUUUCGGGGAAAAAUAGACUGGAAAGGGUUGUUCGUAAAACACGUGUACAUGCCGUCAGUUCUGACAAAAUGGCGUCUUCAUCCUUACAGGUCAUGCGGCAGGUCAUGCAAAAUAUUUCAAAAACAAAGGGGUUCGACAGGGUUAUGGAAAAGGUCCAGGUGGUCUCAGCUGCACCAGGGAAGUGUGUGUUUGAGAUGAAAGUUGCAGAGGAACAUCUGAACAUACCGGGCACACUUCAUGGAGGCCUUACAGCGACCCUGGUGGAUGGGUUGACAACAUAUGCCCUCCUGUCCAUGGGGGGGAAGCCAGGUGUGAGCACGGAUCUCCAUGUCAGCUACAUGAAGGCGGCCAAGCCAGGGGAAACCAUCACCAUCACUGCAGAAGUGUUAAAGAGGGGAAGAACUCUCGCCUACACCAGAGCUGACAUCAAGAAUGAACAGGGAGACAUGGUUGCACAAGGCCUACACACAAAACAUGUAGGGAACUGACACAGGGAGCUGAAUAGUGUUUGUUGAAAAAAAUGCAUAUACCACAGAAUGAUAAUGUCCAUCAUAAUCUGUGGAAAGUUAUAUAAAUUAUAUAAUUUUUCCAAUGUGACCUAGUAUUUAUGACAGACUGUACAUUAUUUUUAUGUUAGAAAUUAUCCCUCCUUACAUAUUGAUAUGCAAUGACUGUCUGCAAUUCUUAACUUAGCCAGAAAAGUUUUCACAGCACUAUUUGCAGCAAUUAUCAUUUGACCUUCAGAUACAUUGAAGUUCCAGCAACAGUUUCACAUCUUCAUACAGUAUCACUGGUAACAAACAUUUACACUGAUAUCAUUUACCUGGAUACAAGAAUUCUUGAUCAUACCAAGAAUGGUUGUACAGGUCACGUGUGCCUAAUUGAGAAUUUUGACAUUUUAGGAUUUGUCAAAAGUUUUCUUUCUGGUUUUGAUUGUUAAAUUAUAUCAAUGAGGUGAAAGUCAGUGAGAUUGAUUACCUGGCUGUUAUAUAACUAGAGCAACACACAUGCAGAAAUCACCACACAGGAGGAACAUCUAUCAAUCACAACCCAUGUUUAUUGUCUUGGCUAGCUGUGCCAACAAUCAUCCCACUGUUGAAAUAAAUUGUGAUCCCCAAGACAUGAUAGUGUCCCCAAAAAUAUCAUCCUUGUGUAUCAUCCAAAACUGAACACAUUUCUGGUGAGAAUGGUGCAACAGAGAUUUUGGUCCAUUAUGAGGCUUACAGAAGCGUAUCAAACGUAUUCCAAGGGCCAAAUAUGGACUUUUGUACCACAGAGAGGGAUCACAGAUUCUUUUGUCUGUCCGAAGAAAGUAUAAUUAUUUUGAUGUAGGACAGCAAGCCUCUGUGAGAAGCUUCAUUGUACACAUAACCAAAUGGCAUUGGUACUGGUCUCUCUCAGUGGUACAUUAAACACCAUUUGGGGGCCUUGGCACAUGGAUGAACAGAUACUGUAAAUUGUUUCACCUCCACAUCUUGCAAAGAACUACCUUCUAACAUAUGUAUUCUCAUGGUCAGAAGUCUAUCUUAUGAGUGAAUGGAAUUGGCUAAGAAAAUGUAAUAAAGAUGCAGUAACAAAGAAACUUGGCAUAGAAAAAAGCAGCAUAGUUUAUCAUCAAACUCUCAGUCUGACAUUAGAAGCCGUCUCUUGCAAACAAAUUACAUAAAAUACGUCUGUACUCCCAAUGCAUGAGAUAAGACAAUCAGAUUGACAUGACCAAUAAUACAAGAGGUAAUCUAAUAAUUUUUAUCAUUUAGGACAGAAAAUAUUCACUUCAUUUAUAAACUUAAUCUGCAAAAAAUCAGGUUUUCUUUUCCUUUCCCCAUACAAUCAUUGGAUAAGAGGGAUCUAAAGAAUUUAUGGGUUUUCAUUUUUUUAAAUCUAGAUCUAUUCCUACAGGGUAGUUAGAUAUCUUUUGAAAUAAAACCUUUGCAUUAUUGCCGUGGAACAAUGUCAAAUAAUACUACUUUAUACACAAAAUGUAAAAAAAAAUUACACCCAAGUAAUUUGUAUUGAUGCAAAGAAAAUACAAUUGUAAUAAAUAUUCAUUUGAAUUCAAGAAUAGAGAAAUAUUGACUUUUGACUAAAGAUUGUUGGUCAAUUGACAGACAGAACAAUUCUACCUGCAACGAAAUCUAUCUUGCCAAAUACACUGGUAGUCGGAUGUGACAUGUAUAAUUUUUUCAUGACAAAAAUGCAUUUUAUUUCUAACUACAGUACAAGAAGUAUUGAAGACGAGUAUCAGCUGUUCAACUAGCCUAAACAUAAACCACUUAUGUUCAUCUGGGCUGUCAUUUCUUUCAUACAUCUCUCCACUACUUCAACAUCCACCAAAAAAUAGCAUAUAAAAUACACCACAUAUGGUAAAAAUAUUCACCCAUUUGAAUUUCUGGUGUCACCAUUCAACAUGUAAAAGCUCUUCUCAAUAUGUACAGACAUUUUAUACCUGAAGGUGUCAUCAUUUUGCCAGCCUUACGUUUUUGCCCCUUUAGAUUUGUCAACUCAAAUUAAGUACACAAAUCACAAAGUGCUGAUGACAACAUGCUUUGGAUCACCAGGUUCCUUCUACAACUCUACACUACUUGCCAUGCCACCUCGACUUCCAAUCAGCCCAUAGGGCCAAACGAUUCACGACAAAAAGGUUUAUACAGGUGGUGCUACAUGGCAUUAUGGCAAUGUUUGGACUGGGGUGAUUUUUGACAUGAAGGUGCUUGUACUUGUACGCUUGUACCAUACUCUCCAAGCAGUGGUUGAAGGGGAGAGUUUUACCUUCUGAUUGGCACUUGCCUAUUUUCUGACAGAUGACUCCUUCACCUGUCAGAAAGCAACAAUCAGAAUGUAACUACCUUCUUCAAUCCCAACUUGGACAAUACUACAUGUAAUAUCAGUACAGUAAUAACUGUAACUGUAAUGUUUAACCAAAAUGACUGUCCUCAGUGUAACACACCAGCAUUCCACGCACAAGGUGGCUCGUAUAUUACAUGUACACUGAACAUGCAGUCAGCAGGAAAUCAUAAUUUGGACAAUGCCAUGCAGUCAGAUACUUUACUUACAAAGAAUUUUUGUGAUUCCCAAGAGACAAACUUGGUCUCAACAUUGUUCACUGUUCAUUGUUUAUUCCCCCAUAGCCAAAAACAUGGCUGUUUUUUAACAAGAAGCUUAAGGCUGCAUUUCUUUAAAGAGCCAGAAACUAUGACCUAUGGAAUGUAAGAAAUUGAAUUUGAGGCUGUUGUAAAAUUGUGAUGGCAUUUUUAGAUCACAUUUUCAAUAUACUUCAGUGUACAUCAUUCUUAAUCAUGAAGAAUGAUUAUGAAGAAUGACAAUGUCACAAUGACACAAAGUUUGUUGUUCAUGAUAAUGUACCAAGUAGUCAUUUCUUUGCAACUGUUACUACUUCAGAAACGUGUUCAGUCAGUGAAGUUGUGUUGCCCUGUGACGUUGUGCUGUACCUGAAUAUGGUUGUGCUAGAAAAAUGACAUCCUGUAACAAGAUAUCUCA